AUGAACCUGAAACUUCUUUUCUGCCCUGGAUUCCUUCUGCUGCUCAUUGUCAGUCAAAACCAGGCAGGGGCCAGGUCCAUUUCCAGCUUACAGAGUCUCUCCAAACUGCUGGAUGAAGAUCUGGAGCUUCCCCUGGUCUCAGAAGAGAGGGGCCAGGAGCAAGAUGAGCUGAUCCCAGGAGGUGUCUUUGACCAGGAAGAUCCUGAACUGCAGUGGCUCCAGAACCCCAGGGAGCAGCCCCAGAGCAUGUCCAUGGGGGACGGGGCCAUCCCGAGAUUCUUCAGCGACCUCCUGAGCUCAUCCCGCAGAUACCGAGGCAGAAGCAAGAAGGGCCUCCCCAGGGGCUGCUUUGGUGUCAGGCUGGACAGAAUUGGGGCCCUGAGUGGCCUGGGGUGCUGACUCUGCAGGGUGGGCUGGCUUUGAGGUUUCAAAGGAGCUGUUGCCUUUCAGUGAGAGAUUCAGCUCUUUUUCAUGUUGGCUCCACCAUCUACUACCCGAUGUACUGAGCAGAUUGCACCCACUUGUCCUCCCCUGAAUUACCUGGCCAGCAGAACACACCUUUGCUCUACUGCCUGCCUGUG